GUCCCCAGUCUUAUUCUAUAAUUUUGCCUGUGCGUAGUAACCUUUUUUUUUUAAUUACGCAGUUAAGUUUUUUAUUAUAGUUGUAUCAGUUUGAAAAGAAGGAAGAAAGGACUGAUUUUAGCGUGAACGUGAUUUGUUCUCGUUAUUCAAACGUCUGUGUAGGACAGAGACGGAGGUAAAACCGCUCGUAUUUACCUUGGUGGAGAUGGAAAGCAGUAUGUUCGUUGUUGUAGGUUCGGAAGUUACUUUCACUUUCUUAUUUACAUCUGAUUAUAGAUUUUAACAAGUGAUCGAGUUCGAGUAUUAAGCAAAUUGUCUGUACUCGUUGUGAGUUAUAAAAAAGUGUUAUGUUUAUGUGAAGGUUCUAUUAAAUUGUUAUGAUAUUUAUUUUUCGUGACAGUAUGCAAAUAAGUGUUAUGUUUAAAUAGAGUAAAACUGUGCAACAUGGAUGAAGAUGACAUCACAGUACGAGUGGCUGUCAGGAUUCGACCGCGAAUUCCUCGAGAAAUCAUCGACAUGUGUCAAGUUUGUACGUAUGUUACACCAGGAGAACCCCAGGUUACGCUUGGGAACGACAAAACGUUUUCGUACAACUAUGUUUUUGAUACCGAAGCAAAGCAAGAACAGGUUUAUGAAACUUGUGUGGCUGCUUUGGUUGAUUCCUCCUUAGAAGGGUAUAAUGCAACAGUAUUAGCUUAUGGUCAGACGGGUUCCGGAAAAACAUACACCAUGGGCACAGGAUUCGAUGUAGAGUUAUUGCCCGAGCAAGUAGGUAUAAUCCCGCGAGCUAUUCAUCAUCUUUUCGAUGGUAUCCGGUACCGCAUAAAUCAGGCCCGAGAAAAUGGUAUGAUAGCACCCGAAUUUAAGGUUACAGCACAAUUUAUGGAAUUAUAUAAUGAAGAGGUCAUUGAUCUCUUCAGUCCUUCCAGUAGUAAAGACAUAGUUUAUAAAAUUCACGAAGACUCGUACGGCGGAAUACAAGUGAAAGGUAUUAAGUACAAAACAGUCACUUCCCCGGAGGAAGCAUUAGAAUGUUUACGCUUGGGUGCUUUAUCUAGAACGACCGCGAGUACGCAAAUGAACACUCAGUCCUCUAGAUCCCAUGCAAUUUUUACUCUCCACGUAAAACAACAACGAAUAGUGCCUUCAAGUGAUAACGGUGAUACGAACGAAUUUGAAACACUUACAGCGAAAUUUCAUUUCGUCGAUUUAGCGGGAUCCGAACGACUAAAAAGAACCGGUGCAACGGGCGAACGGGCUAAGGAAGGGAUAUCUAUUAACUGUGGUUUAUUAGCUUUAGGUAACGUUAUAUCGGCUUUAGGAGAUAAAUCAAAAAGGGCAUUACAUGUCCCGUACAGAGAUUCAAAACUAACUAGAUUAUUACAAGAUAGUCUAGGGGGUAACAGUCAGACUGUGAUGAUUGCCUGUGUGAGUCCCAGCGAUCGGGAUUUCAUGGAAACACUGAAUACGCUAAAAUACGCCAAUAGGGCUCGAAAUAUAAGAAAUAAAAUAUUCGUUAAUCAAGACAAAAGUUCGAAGACUAUAGCGCAACUGAAACAACAAAUUGCGCAGUUGCAGUUAGAAUUGGUCGAAUAUAAACAAGGAAAACGAAUCAUUGGCCAAGACGGCACAGAAAUGGUUAACGAUAUGUUUUACGAAAAUAACAUGCUGCAAGGGGAAGUUAAUAAUCUUAGGACACGAGUUAAAGCAAUGCAAGAUACUAUCGACUCUCUAACGCAGAAAAAUACAAACCUAUUAGCAGAAAAAGCUACAGGGGCAUGGAUAGGCGGUGGGAGCGAUAACGACGUAGCAUGCAUGGUUCAAGCGUAUCUUAAAGAAAUCGAAGAACUCACGGCUAAAUUGAUGGAAUCAAAUAACACAUGCGAACAGUUACGCAAGCAGAUCAACAGACUGCAGAGCUCACAUCAACAUGGUGCUUCCAUCACAUGCUUCGAUGAAAACUCGCCACUAAUAGAAGAAGCUAAAAGGGCAUUACAAAGAGAAAAGGAACUCUUGGUAAAAAAUAGACGUCCAGACGGCGAGAAUGACAGCGAAAUUGAGAGUGACAAUGAAUUUGACAGCGAAAGUGACGAUAAAUCCGUUCACGAGGAACUAAAAGAUGAAUUGAUCACUCUAACUAACGAUAUUGACAUGAAACAGAAGCUAAUAGACGAAUUAGAACUUUCGCAAAGACGUCUACAAACGAUGCGUCAACACUACGAAGACAAACUGAUGCAACUUCAGCUGCGUAUAAAAAAUACCCAAGAAGAGAGAGACAAAGUUUUGCAUUCCUAUAGCGCCAGUCCGGAACCUUCAGAUAAGGUAAAAAAAGUCAAAGACGAAUACACCAAGAAAUUAUCCGACAUGCAAAAAGAAUUAAAGAAGUUGCAAACAGCUCAGAAGGAACAUGCUCGUCUUCUUAGAAGUCAAAGUCAACAUGAGAACCAGUUGAAGUCCUACAAGAACGAACUGCUUGAAAUGAAGAGAGCUAAAGUCAGACUCGUGAAUAAGAUGAAGGAAGAGUCGCAGAAGCAUAAAGAGUCGGAAUUGCGACGAAUUCGGGAGAUUGCACAGCUUAAAAAAGAAUCUCGGAAAAAUGCUAACAUGAUAAAAACUAUGGAAGCCGAACGAAGACUAAAAGAUCAAGUUUUGAAACGUAAACAGGAAGAAGUGUCCGUUUUACGAAAAAAUCAAAGAGGACAUUUGAGUGUUAAAGCUUCGGGACGCAUCGCUUCUACGUUUUCAGAACGUGUUGCUAAACAAAAAUGGCUAAGAGUUGAAAAGUCCAUCAAUAAUAUUGCAUUGAGAAAAAGAGGUUUGGUGGAGCAAGAGGUGAGAAUGGAGCAUUUCCUCGAAAGGAGGCGAGAUCUGGGGAAAGAAUUGGAAGUAUUAGAAGAGCGAAGGGAACAAGCCGUAAGAAAAAACCAAGAUGUUACGCAAUUAGAUAGCUAUAUAGAAGACAUUAAAGAAAAUAUAAACUACGUACAGGAAACUAUUAGUGAGACACAACACAAUGUGAUGGAAAUUGAGGAAACUCAAGACACCAACGAGAGUGCCCACUUACAAAAUAUUAUUGAUACAGUUUGUGAUAUAGAAGAAGCCAAAUAUCUUAUCCAAAAAUUGUACAAUAUGACGUUAAGUCAAAGUCAUGCAGUUGCACACAGAGACGCCAAAUUGAAGGAAAAUGAAGCCACAUUAGCUGAGCUCAAACAAGAAAACCAAGUUAAAGGUCAGUUAUUAGAUCAUGUACUACACAACGAAAUACCUAUAUUUUCGAAAGAACUGACGACGAGUAUGUCCAGUAAUGCAAAUGAUACCAGCUCCAACGCUUCGUCUAGAUCUGUAUCGCCAGCGCCUUCCGAAUUUCCGUCGACAAGUCUUUCUGAAAAUCCUGCAUCGGCCUCGAAUGCGAAAAUUCGUAGACGUACAGCUUUACCGUCUGAGUUACUUUUUGGAUUGAGAGCUCCUGAUAUGACACAGUCGCUGGGACCUAAUACACUACAAGUGGAACACUCGCUUCAGCGCGUCCCCAGUAUUCCUGGGAGUCUUAAGUUGAAUUUAUGAUAGUUCACCAAUUUCGUGUUUCAAAAAGCGAAGGGAAUACCCCAGUGGAAAGGGAAUGGCAUUUAAUAAAUCAGUAUAACUUUGUUACGAGUCCUAUUAAUUUUACAACAAUAUUGGCGAUACUUAUAGUGUUCUUAUUAAUUCUAUUAAUGUUAUUACUAUUUUUAUGAUUAAUUAUUUAUUUGAGACACCUGAUAGUCAAUUUUUAUAUGAUACUAAUGUUGGAAAAUAAACAUUUGUUUUUUAAUA